AUUUAUUAUGUAAACUAAAGGUUAAUUUUUUCAAUCGGCGAUCAGUAGAGGGAGUCUUAAAGGAGGUCAGGACUCAGAAGCAGCCUAGCUCAGUACGACACAAGCCCCAGGAGCAGCCAUGACGUUCACCCCAGAAGCCAUAAUACAACGUUAUGUAUACCCGAUCUUCUGGGCCACAAAUGAUGAGAUGUUGAUAAAUCGUAUGUGUUAUGGGACUGUUAUAUAUGCUGUCCUGACACUGCUCAUCCGAAAUGCUCCUUAUGGAAGGUACUAUAAUUACUCCUACGGGUUUGGUGUGCCCGUCAAGCUGGCCUGGUUCAUACAGGAGUGCCCGUCCUUCUUUGUGCCCGUCAUAAUGGUGGCUUACGGCAAACAGACAGCCUACAGGGGAAUGGUCAAUCAACUGUGUCUAGGAAUGUUCAUUAUGCACUACUUUCACAGAUCCUUCAUCUACCCAUUCUUGAUGAAGAGCAACAAGCCAACACCUUUUCUGCCAUUCUUGUUUGCUUUCCUAACCUGCCUCUAUAAUGGAAUUCUUCAUGGCCUCUAUUUUGUCAACUAUUACCACUACAGUGAUGAAGAAUGGGUGUAUAGACCAAGUUUUUAUGUGGGAUUCAUGUUAUUCCUCUAUGGCAUGAAAAUCAACAUGGGGGCAGAUGCAGCAUUAAGAAAUUUAAGAGGUUGGGGUGAAGUUGGCUACAAAAUCCCAUCUGGAGGACUGUUUGAGAAAGUAUCAUGUCCCAAUUAUUUUGGGGAAAUUGUGGAGAUGUGGGGAUACGCUUUAGCCAGUCUUUCCCCGCCUGCUGCUGCUCACGCCUUCUUCACAACUCUCUUCUUGUCAAGGAGAGCACUUGACCAUCAUCAGUGGUACCUUAAAAAAUUUGAGGAUUAUCCAAAAUCCCGCAAGGCUGUGUUCCCAUUUCUCAUCUAAGAAGGGAGACUUCAGAUCCACGUUUAUGUUAGUGAUCCAAACUAUAAUCAGAUUUGCAUCCUCCAUAUAGACAAAAUGUGUUAUCCAUCAUCUGCCAAUAUCGAACAAUUUUAAGAUUAAGCACGACCAAAAGCUCCCAGUUUGAUUAUUAAUCACUCUAGGAAGCACAGAUUGUUUCUUUGUGCAUUUUUAAUUUAAAAUAUUUGGUAGUUCUUACACAGUCUUGGACUGUAUGGUGUCCUUCAAAGAUAGUUGUAUGCCAUUCUCAAUACUGUUGUUCUUGACAAGUUACUGUAUUUCCUUUAAUCUUAAGGUGAUCUCUGUACCACUAUUGCUGUUAUUGUACUACAGUAUUGUAUUGUCUGUAUGAAUGUUGUAUGCAUUCUUUGUGUGCAUUUUUAUAUCUUAUUGAGACCAGGCAGCAACUGAAAUUUGACAAUCAUAUACGUACUGUACAGUAUAUACAGUACAGUAUAAGCAAAAUUCUUCAAGAAGUUUUGUGGGAUUUUUUUUUUCUCAAAGAGUGUGUAGAGAAUCUACAGCUGAUCUUAUUAACAAAAAUUAUGUAUGUACUGUAUUGCCAAAUUUUGAAUGCAUCAUUGUCAUACUCUGAAUACAAGAGAUCUAUUAUACAGUACAGUACAGUGUAGGAAAUUAUAUUUUUACCUACAGUAUAAUUUUUAUAAUGCAGUGUUCAACAGGUUAUUGAAAUGGUAUUUUCUGUAAUUUGGCAUUAAGCAUUAUUUUGUAGUAAGAAGUUGCAGUUUUUUAUUAUUAUUAUUAUUAUUAUUAUUAUUAUUAUUAUUAUUAUUAUUAUUAUUAUUAUUAUUAUUAUU